GCAAAUGUCAACCACUGCCAACCACUGCCAAAGCAAGCGACAAACCACAAACAAACACAAGCAGCAGCAAACAAAGAACGGACGAUGAGGCACACUGCAACGCUGUUGCGCGGUGUUGUGGAUGGGGUGCGGGUGCGCUUUGCACCAAGCCCCACCGGGUUCCUGCACCUUGGAGGGCUCCGCACGGCUCUCUUCAACUACCUCUUUGCUGUCAAACACAACGGGACGUUCAUCCUGCGCCUGGAGGACACAGACCAGUCAAGGCUGGUCACAGGCGCCGCAGAGGCAUUGCAGCGCGACCUCGCAUGGGCAGGACUUCACAUUCACGAGGGCCCGGGGCACAACGAGAAAUGCGGCCCAUAUGUGCAGUCUGAGCGCCAGCACAUGUACAAGCAGUACGCUGAAGAGUUGCUGCAGUCUGGACACGCAUACCGCUGCUUCUGCUCAACAGAAAGGUUGGACGCUGUUCGCAAGCUUGCCAACAAGGUGGGCCGCUCAACGGCCUACGACGGCCACUGCCGCUAUCUCAGCGCACAAGCCGAGGCAGAGCUCCUGGAGAAGGGCCGACCCUAUGUCGUACGCCUCAAGGUCCCACGUGCACAGCACGACGAUGCCAAUUCGCACGCGACCACGCACACGCACACGUACGCGUCUUCCAGCGAGUUUGGCGAGGAAGUGCUGCAGACGGUUGUGGAGGACGCCAACUACGGCGCUGUCGCCUUUGACAACGCUGGCAUCGACGAUCAGGUGCUGCUGAAGAGCGAUGGUUUCCCGACGUACCACCUGGCCAACGUGGUGGACGACCACAUGAUGAACAUCACGCACGUGCUCCGCGGUGAGGAGUGGCUCAUAUCCACCGCAAAGCACGAGCUGCUCUACCGCGCCUUUGGCUGGACACCACCAACGUUUGUGCACCUGCCCCUGCUCAUCAACCCAGACGGCAGAAAGCUCUCAAAACGCAUGAACUCGCUGUUUGUUGAUCACAUCCGUAAGGAGGGCGUCCUACCGCUUGCGCUGUGCAACUACGUGGCGCGACUCGGCUGGACACCGCCAGCUGACAAGGAGAACCACGUGUACCCAUCCCUAGACGACCUCGCACGUGACUUUGACUUGUCGUCCCUCAACAAGCAGCCUGCUGUCGUCGACCCAGCACGCAUGACAUUUGUCAACCGCCGCUGCCUCCGGGAAGCGAGCACCAUCCCGCUCGUUGUCGAGCAGACACGCACGUAUCUCCAACACCACGUCGUGCCAGCGCUCACCCCCAAUAUCCCGCACUUUGACAGCGCGGCGCCGGAGCAGCUGCUCGCACCGCCGUACCUCGACAGCGUGUUUGCACUCGCGCGUGAGAGCUUGGACUCGCUGGCCGACGUUCCCGUAGCACUGGCCUAUCUGUUUGUUGCGCCACAGCAGCCGCUGGACGUCGCUGUGGAUGCGUGGGACGCUGACGUGCUGCGCGAUGCUGAACUGGCGACGAUGCUUGGCGAUGAGGUUGUCUCGUCUUCCGCGCAUGACUUUACUGCUGACGCCCUCAAAACGGCCGCAAAGGCCUGGACCAAACAGCACAAGUUGAAGAUGAAAUCUGCGCUGAAGACAUUGCGUUUCUUCAUCACAGGACAAACGGCUGGCCCACCCGUCUUCGCGAUUAUGGAGACGCUUGGGCGCGAGCGAUGCGCGUCCCGCUUCAACGCCGCCCUCACGCGCCUGCGUAGCAGAUAGCAGCUCGCCCGCAGUGUGCUUUGUAGGUGUGUGUGUGUGUCUAUGUGUACGUGUGUACGUGUGUGUUGGGAUGGGAUGGCUCACAUGCAACACAGAGCGGUGCUGUCAUCAGACAGGGCACACCCACACACUAAUGCUGAUUGCUCGUAACCAGAGAAUCGAAUUCUUGAAUACAACAAAACAAACUUGCCA